AUGAGUAAGACUACAAUUGAGGAGUCAGCUACCAAGAUAAAUACUUUAAAUAAUUACGAAAAGGAUUAUUUUGAAUCCUAUAAUAAUUAUGGGAUUCAUGAAGAGAUGUUGCAAGAUGAAGUUCGUACCCAAUCGUACAGAAACGCAAUAAAGGAUUGCAAGCACUUAUUUCAAGGGAAGAUUGUAUUGGAUGUUGGCUGUGGAACUGGUAUAUUAUCGAUGUUUGCUGCAAGAAACGGAGCCAAACAUGUGAUUGGAGUGGAUAUGUCAAGUAUCAUCGAAAAGGCUCAAGAAUUAGUUGAUUUGAACGGAUUUUCUCAUAAGAUUACAUUAUUAAGAGGGAAAUUGGAAGAUAUUGAACUGCCUUUCGAAAAAGUUGAUAUUAUUAUAUCCGAAUGGAUGGGAUAUUUCCUCUUAUUUGAGUCAAUGUUGGACACCGUUUUAUAUGCAAGAGAUAAGUAUUUGGUAGAUGGUGGUCUCAUCUUCCCUGAUAAGUGCUCUCUCCAUAUUGCUGGUAUUGAGGAUAAUGAGUAUAAACAUGAAAAAACCUCCUUUUGGGAAAACGUCUACGGAUUUGAUUAUUCUCCGUUCAUACCAUUAGUAAUGAGAGAACCGAUUGUUGACAUUAUCGAUAAGAAUAAAGUCAACACGACAGCAAAUGAGAUCAUUGAAUUUGAUCUAAAUAUUGUGAAAUUAGAGGAUUUAACCUUUGAAGUUCCGUUUCACCUAAAGGCAAAGCGCAAUGACACCAUUAGCGGCCUGGUAACAUGGUUUGAUGUUGUAUUCCCAUGUCCUAAGAAAGAUGUGAUUCCAGUUUCCUUCUCAACAGGCCCCUUUUCUGCAUACACACAUUGGAAGCAAACCCUAUUUUAUUUACAGGAUGAUUUAGAAUGUGAAGUGGAUGAUGAUCUUGAGGGAACAUUAUCCUGUUCGCCAAGCAAAGUGAACAAUAGAGAUUUGGAUAUUAAGAUCAAGUACACAUUUAGUGCCAAAGGUGCGAUCGCAAACAUAAGAUCGACAAAGAGUGAAAACACAUAUUUGUUGCAUUAA